AUGGCGAACAAUUUCACAGUUUGCGUCACACAGGCUGGUAGAAACGAGAAGAGAAAUGGAGAAACGUUUGCCACAGUGGACUGGCUGGCAUACCAAGGAGCCCCUGACGGGGGAGUGUCGGGUGAGAUGGAUAUGCCAACCUGGUGGACUGGGACGAGCUGUCGUACAGUAUCGCUACCCUCGGUGAGUUCAAUUUGUAGUAUUCUCAAGUUCAUUUGCAGUGUCUUUGGACUAAAUCAGCAAUAGUACAUGAGAGAUAGGACUCUUACGGACCUGAAAAGAUACUAAAAUUCCACAUGAAAGUGAUUCCUAUAGGGUAUAAAGGAAGGAAAUGAUAAAGAAAAGGAGAUUUUCAUUUAUUUUUUAUUUGCAUGCUUUAGUAGACCUUUAAUAAAAUAUAUUUACAUAAAAUACUUUUUUCCUAUCAUUAACUUUAAAUUGUUGGAUUUAUAUAGCUGUCUUAACAUCGCAUAUUUUAAGUAAUUCGAACAUGAUACCACCGUUUCUUUUUUCUUGGAAAAUGUAACAAGAAUUCCGUUUUUAGGUUUUAAUUCUAUAUUAAAAAUGUAUUUGAAACCUUUUUCUAACAAUGUUCCCUCUGAUUGUUGUCAUCACAGAGAAAGUUUACUUCAGCGCCCACAGUCCUAG